CGGCGUGCGUUGAAAUCGUCAAGAAAAUCUUUGAUGAAAUCGUUCGUGCCAAAGAAUAUGGGAUUUAAACAUGUUUCCAGAGAGGAGAUAAGAACGACCCAUACACGACCUCUAGCGCAAGAAUUGUUCGCUGCAUCUGACCAAAAUAAAUCAAUAAUUGUUUUAGAUGGAACAUAUAUAUAUAUAUACAAAAAAGUUCAAACUUUUCUUUCGCACGUCGGUCGUACUCCAUGCACAAGCACCGGCCACUUGUCAAACCAAUGAUUGUUGUGUCCACCACUGGCUACAUAAUAUCUAUUUUGGGACCGUACUUGGCGGAUGGCAAAAACUCAGAUGCAAAUAUACUGAAACACAUCAUCAAUCAAAAUACUGAGGAUUUUAAGAGCUGGAUUCAGGAAGGUGAUGUGGUCGUAGUUGACAGAGGUUUUCGAGAUGCGUGGACUGUUCUCGAAGAACUUGGUGUAACUAUGCAGAUGCCAUCUUUUAUGCGAAAGGGGUCUACACAGCACACAAGCGAAGAGUCUAACAAGUCGAGACUUGUGACGAAGAUACGAUGGGUUGUCGAGUCAACCAAUGGCAGACUCAAGACAUGGACAUAUUUAGCUAGGACAAUGCCAAACACCCAAGUGCCAUUUAUUGGUGACUAUGUGCGAAUAGUUGGAGCAAUCUGCAACCGCUUCAGACCGGCUCUAAGUAGCGAGGACUCCGAUCAAGACAAAAUAGUUGCAGAGAGAAUGUUGUAUUUGUCAGGGCAGAACAACGAUUUACAACAAUUCAUCUCUGACAACGACAUACAAAAAAUAACCAAGGCAUCGUGGAAACCGAUGGACGAACUAGACAUUAACUGUCCAAUAAUGACCGAGGAUGAGCUUAGAUGUCUAAUCUUUGGUGUAUACACAGUUAAGCUAGCGGCUUCUUAUACACAAGAGCACAUGUCAAGUGACGGAAUAUACUCAAUUCACGGUUAUGUGCACAAUAGGAGUUUGCUAUGCUUGAAGUUCCAAAGUCGACAUGUGUCCCGAAAGCAAUACCGGUCUUACAUACGUUUUAAGGAGGGGUCAGUCGACACAUGGUUUUGCAACUGCCCAGUUGGAGCACGUGUAGUUGGAACAUGUGCGCACGUUACAAGUGCGCUGUGGUACCUUUGUUUCAGGCGACACCAAACUGAUCAACUGUCAGAUGGUCCGAGAAAUUGGGCUGCAGACAUUUCAGAUGCUGCUAAAGUGUCAUAUUAAAUACCCAUGGGCGCCUUCAUUUAAAUCUGAUUACGACAAAACAAGUCUUAAAAAUGUGUGUUCAUUUACAUCUGAUUACGACAAAACAAGUCUUAAAAAUGUGUGUUCAUUUACAUCUGAUAAAGACAAAACAAGUCUACAAAAUGUGUGUUCAUUUACAUCUGAUUAAGACAAAACAAGUCUAUAAAAUGUGUGCUGAAUUAUUUCUCUGAGAAAAAGGGGUUAAAUGCAUUAAUAGGCGUCAAGUGUCGUCCAAGAUUUCAAAGGGGCGCCGUAGAGGGCAUUGUGUUUCUGACAAACACAUCUCUUUUUUAAAGAUGUGAAUGUAAACCAUAUUACAAUUUGCAACAGUGGAAAUAUUUUAUACCGAUUGUUGAAAGUCGUGUAACUGACAUGUUUAUAAAAUUUUCUUGUUUUAUUUUUUUGUUUAUUUUGGUGAAAAAUAUCAAUGGGCAGAAUAAUGUGUGGAUGGCACAGAUAGAAAAAAAUGUCAUUAUUGGAAGAAUGUGAACAAUAAACAGAUGAAAAUCGUUAGUAUAACACGAUCGUAUAAACAUGAGCUUUAUACUAUCGCUAUAUUUAGAUCAGAUUUGGGUUUUUCCAAAAAUUGGAGAAUGUGAUUUGUCAACUACGGAGAAACUAAAACGUCAAAAAAUGCCAUAUUUGACAGUUAUUAAUGGAAAAUUGUGAGGAAAUAAUAGGAUAAAUAGAAUAUUAUGUUAUUUUUGGAUAAAUAUCAAGUUUAUCAUGCUCGGCACGAACUAUGUUAGCGCUCAGCAAGCCUUGCACUACAUCGGUUCUUAGCCUCGCAUGAUAAACUUGAUAUUUAUCCAAAACUUACAUAAUAUUAUCUAUAUUUACAAGGUUACGCGAUCAGGAUGUGCAUACGGAAUAUGUUAUUACAAUAGGUCAUGAUAUAACACCGUAUUUGUUGUUGUUUUAUUAAUAUUUUCGUUGUUACUUAUAAGAAUGUUCUAGUUUUAUUAUGAUGAUGCGAUUUAAAAAAUGUUAUAAACAAUGUGUGAUUAUUUUGCGUAAAACAUUUGGCGAUAUGAAGCAAUAAUAAUAUCAUAUGACAUGUAAUACGUUACUUUGAUUUAUGAAAAUGAAUUAAAUCAUUUAUCACAUUGUGGAUCACCAUAAUUUUUAUGCUGAUUGAAUAAUAAGCGCGGCAAUCGGCGUAGAUACAAUUCGUAGUUGUGACGUUGCCGUAAAAAGCAACGUUAAACGACGUCAAAAUUGGGAAAAAGUGGGCAUCUUUGUCUCGGGCUGGAGAUAACGUCUUUUGAACCAAUACAUGCAUUGAGGAUAUUUUGAAAAGAUGACUCUCUGCACUUUAUGUUGAUAGUAGGUUGAAAAUAAUUUGGAUAAAGGCAAAACACGACCCUUAACGUCCCUUGUCCUUAGUAUUUGAACUUUCUUAUACUGAUAUUUAUACCCUAAUACAAUUAAUGUCUACCACAUUGACCAUAAACAUACAUUUUAAAAGGCAAUUAAAAUAAUAUUUAUGCUAUUAAUAUUAUUUGCUAAAACCAUUC